CAAAAUAUUUAACAAGGCCUUCUAUACACGUAAAAUGAUUGAUAAUCUAUAGAGCUUACGUUCAUUAUUAUCUUGUGUAUGAACGGAGUCAAAAGUAGUUAACAGAUAGCGUGUGUGACUAACGUUCUUAUGAAUUAACUUAAUUUACUUGUAAUCAACUAAAAUUUUAUUUUAACAUUCCAAUAUGGAAGUCGUAAAAAAUUUUGCGUUACUGUUUUUGAGUCCAAAAUGCUAUGACAAUUAUUUUGUGGAACUUGAUUUUAUGAAUGGACCAUGCUUUAAAGCCUCACUAAGUAAACUAUUGGGUUUGACAAUCAUUGCUGGUUCGUUACUGGUGAAAAUACCGCAAGUACAUAAAAUAUGGCAUAAGAGAUCUGGUGAAGGUAUCAAUCUGGUUAGUGUACUCUUUGAUCUACUGGCAGUUACAUUUCAGAUGUCUUACAGUUAUAUGAAUGGCUAUCCGUUUAGUGCUUGGGGUGAUAAUACAUUUCUAGCGCUACAAACCGUCACAAUAGGAGCUCUAGUAUUAUUUUAUAAUGGUGCCAAAGUUAAAGCUUUCUUUUUCUGUUUGAUUUACGCGAGUGUCGUAUAUAUAUUGAAUUCUGGUCUAACACCUAUGCAUGUACUCAUUGCUGUACAAAGCUUUAAUAUUCCAAUAGUAUUGAUAGCCAAAACCACACAGGCAUUGACCAAUUACAGGAAUGGCUCAACAGGACAAUUAUCUGCUAUAACAGUUUUUAUGCUUUUUGCUGGUACUGUUGCACGGAUAUUUACUUCCAUACAAGAGACUGGUGAUAAAAUGAUAAUAAUGACAUAUUGUGUUUCUACUUUGGCCAAUGGUGUUAUAUUAGCACAAGUAUUAUAUUAUUGGAACAGCAGUACUAAAACGAAAAAGUCCAAAAAACAAGACUAAAUAAAAUAAUCAAUUAAAAUUUAUAGUUUUAGAGCUUAAUAAUACUAUAUUCCAUUUGAAAUUCAAGUUUCUGAAAUAUAAUAAGGAUAUUCAAACCAAAUUCGUUUUACUAGUA